AUGUCUGACUUUGUAGAAAGCGAAGCAGAGGAGUCAGAGGAGGAGUACAACCAGGAUGGGGAGGUUGUGCCCAGAGUAACCAAGAAGUUUGUAGAGGAAGAUGAGGAUGAUGAGGAAGAGGAGGAGCUGAAUCUCGACGAUCAAGAUGAGCAGGGCAACCUGAAAGGAUUCAUUAAUGAUGAUGAUGAUGAAGAAGAGGAGGAAGAAGCUAGUGACUCUGGAGACUCUGAGGAUGAUGUUGGCCACAAAAAGAGAAAGCGCACUUUUGAUGACCGCCUGGAGGAUGAUGAUUUUGAUCUCAUUGAAGAGAACUUGGGUGUCAAAGUCAAAAGAGGGCAAAAAUUCAGGCGUGUGCGAAAAAUGUCUGAUGAUGAGGAUGAUGAAGCAGAAGACUAUGGAAAGGAAGAACAUGAGAAAGAAGCCAUUGCUGAAGAAAUCUUUCAGGAUGGGGAAGGCGAGGAAGGAGGGGAAGCUGUUGAAGCCCCUGUUGCUCCACAGGAAGAGGAAGAGGAGGAGGAGGAAGAUGAAUCCGACAUCGAUGAUUUCAUUGUGGAUGAUGAUGGACAACCUCUGAAGAAGCCAAAAUGGAGAAAGAAGCUUCCAGGAUACACAGAUGCUGCUUUGCAGGAAGCCCAGGAAAUCUUUGGUGUGGACUUUGACUAUGAUGAGUUUGAGAAGUACAACGAGUACGAUGAGGAGAUGGAGGAGGAAUAUGAGUAUGAGGAUGAAGAAACCGAAGGGGAGACUCGUGUACGACCCAAAAAGACUACCAAGAAGCGUGUCAGUCGGCGCAGCAUCUUUGAGAUGUAUGAGCCCAGUGAGCUGGAGAGCAGUCACCUCACAGACCAGGACAAUGAGAUCCGCAUGACAGACAUGCCAGAGAGGUUCCAGCUGCGAUCCAUCCCAGUGAAGAGUGCUGAAGAUGAUGAACUGGAGGAAGAAGCUGACUGGAUUUACAGGAAUGCAUUUGCAACACCUACCAUCUCCUUGCAGGAAACUUCUGACUACCUUGACCGUGGACAAGCCAGCAGCAGCUUCGGCCGCAAGGGGCCCAGCACCAUCCAGAAGAUUAAAGAAGCCCUGAAUUUCAUGAGAAAUCAGCAUUUUGAGGUCCCGUUCAUCGCCUUCUACAGAAAGGAGUAUGUGGAGCCAGAGCUGCACAUCAAUGACCUGUGGAGAGUGUGGCAGUGGGAUGAAAAGUGGACCCAGCUGAAGAUCCGCAAGCAGAACCUGACACGACUGUUUGAGAAGAUGCAGGCCUACCAGUAUGAACAAAUCUCUGCUGACCCAGACAAGCCCUUGGCUGAUGGAAUAAGGGCCCUGGAUACUACUGACAUGGAGAGGCUGAAGGACGUGCAGUCCAUGGAUGAGCUGAAGGAUGUGUACAAUCACUUCCUGUUGUACUAUGGGCGAGACAUCCCCAAGAUGCAGAAUGCUGCCAAGGCUGCUCGAAAGAAGCAAAAGCGUAUCCGAGAGGAUGGUGAAGAGGAGGAAGGUGAAGGGGAGGAUGCAGAAGAUGAUGAGCAGAAAGGACCUGAGCUGAAGCAAGCUUCCCGUCGGGAUAUGUACACCAUCUGCCAGGCAGCUGGGCUGGAUGGCCUGGCUAAGAAAUUUGGUCUGACACCUGAGCAGUUUGGGGAGAAUCUCCGAGACAGUUACCAGCGCCACGAGACAGAGCAGUUCCCUGCAGAGCCCCUGGAGCUGGCCAAGGAUUAUGUGUGUAGUCAAUUCCCAAGCCCUGAAGCUGUGCUGGAAGGAGCUCGGUACAUGGUGGCUUUGCAGAUAGCCAGGGAGCCCUUGGUCAGACAGGUCCUGAGACAGACUUUCCAAGAACGAGCUAAAAUCAACAUUUCACCAACCAAAAAGGGGAAGAAGGAUAUUGAUGAAGCCCACUAUGCCUAUUCCUUUAAAUACUUGAAGAACAAGCCUGUGAAGGAGCUGCGAGAUGAUCAGUUCCUGAAAAUGAGCCUGGCAGAGGACGAGGCUCUGCUCACUAUAGAUAUCAGCAUUGACAUGAAAGGAGUGGAGGGUUAUGGUAGUGACCAGACCUACUUUGAGGAGAUCAAACAGUUCUAUUACCGGGAUGAGUUCAGCCACCAGGUGCAGGAAUGGAAUCGGCAGCGCACGAUGGCCAUUGAGCGCUCCCUCAACCAGUUCCUCUACGUGCAGAUGGCCAAAGAGUUGAAGAACAAGCUGUUGGUAGAGGCCAAGGAGUAUGUUCUCAAGGCCUGCAGCCGCAAACUGUACAACUGGUUAAAAGUCGCUGCAUACCGUCCUGACCAGCAAGUGGAGGAAGAUGAUGAUUUCAUGGAUGAAAACCAAGGGAAGGGGAUUCGGGUGCUAGGCAUUGCAUUUUCAUCAGCCAGGGACCACCCCGUGUUUUGUGCCCUUGUUAAUGGAGAGGGAGAGGUUACAGACUUCCUCCGAUUGCCACAUUUCACAAAGAGAAGGAAUGCUUGGCGUGAGGAAGAGAGGGAAAAGAAGGCCCAGGAUAUUGAAACCUUGAAAAAAUUCCUCCUGAACAAGAAGCCUCAUGUGGUGACAAUUGCAGGCGAGAACAGGGAUGCUCAGAUGCUGAUGGAAGAUGUAAAGAGAAUUGUUCAUGAACUGGACCAAGGGCAGCAGCUGUCCUCUAUUGGAGUGGAGCUGGUGGACAAUGAACUAGCCAUCCUCUACAUGAACAGCAAGAAGUCUGAGAAUGAAUUCCGGGAUUACCCUCCUCUGCUGCGUCAGGCUGUCUCCCUUGCUCGCCGCAUUCAGGACCCUCUCAUAGAGUUUGCUCAGGUCUGCAGCUCCGAUGAGGAUAUUCUCUGCUUAAAGCUCCACCCUCUGCAGGAGCACGUGGUGAAGGAGGAUCUGCUGAACGCACUGUACUGCGAGUUCAUAAACCGUGUGAACGAGGUGGGGGUGGAUGUCAAUCGAGCCAUAGCUCACCCUCACAGCCAGGCUUUGCUGCAGUACGUGUGUGGCCUGGGACCACGCAAAGGCACUCACCUGCUAAAGAUCUUAAAACAAAACAACACUCGUCUGGAGAACAGGACCCAACUGGUUACAAUGUGUCACAUGGGACCCAAAGUGUUUAUCAACUGUGCUGGCUUCAUCAAAAUUGACACAGCAUCACUGGGUGAUAGCACUGAUUCCUACAUCGAGGUCCUAGAUGGCUCUAGAGUCCAUCCUGAAACCUACGAAUGGGCAAGGAAAAUGGCCGUGGAUGCUUUGGAGUAUGAUGAGUCGGCCGAGGAUGCUAAUCCUGCAGGAGCUCUGGAGGAGAUCUUGGAAAACCCUGAGCGCCUGAAAGACCUGGAUCUCGAUGCCUUUGCUGAAGAACUGGAAAGACAGGGCUAUGGUGACAAGCACAUCACUUUAUAUGACAUUCGAGCUGAACUAAGCUGCAGAUAUAAGGACCUGAGAACUCCAUAUCGUUCUCCAAACACAGAAGAGGUCUUCAAUAUGCUGACCAAAGAAACUCCAGAGACAUUUUAUAUAGGUAAAAUGAUCAUCUGCAAUGUGACUGGCAUUGCCCACAGGCGCCCACAAGGAGAAAGCUAUGACCAGGCAAUACGGAACGACGAAACUGGCCUUUGGCAGUGUCCUUUCUGUCAGCAGGAUAACUUUCCAGAGCUCAGCGAGGUUUGGAACCAUUUUGACAGUGGUUCCUGCCCAGGUCAAGCCAUUGGAGUGAAGACACGUCUGGAUAACGGUGUUGCUGGCUUCAUCCCAACAAAAUUUCUUAGUGAUAAGGUGGUCAAGCGACCAGAAGAAAGGGUGAAGGUGGGAAUGACUGUUCACUGCAGGAUCAUGAAGAUUGACAUUGAGAAGUUCAGUGCAGACCUGACCUGCAGGACCUCAGACCUGAUGGAUAAGAACAAUGAGUGGAAACUGCCUAAAGACACCUACUAUGACUUCGACUCUGAAGCAGCAGAUCACAAACACGAAGAAGACAUGAAGAGAAAGCAGCAGCGCACAACGUACAUCAAGAGAGUAAUUGCUCACCCAUCAUUCCACAACAUUAGCUUCAAGCAAGCAGAGAAGAUGAUGGAGACCAUGGACCAAGGGGAUGUGAUUAUUCGGCCAAGUAGCAAAGGGGAGAACCACCUGACUGUCACCUGGAAGGUCAAUGAUGGGAUUUACCAGCAUGUGGAUGUCCGGGAAGAGGGCAAGGAGAAUGCCUUCAGCCUGGGCUCCAUGCUUUGGAUCAACACGGAGGAAUUUGAAGACCUGGAUGAAAUUGUUGCUCGCUAUGUCCAGCCAAUGGCUUCUUUUGCCAGGGACCUGUUGAAUCACAAAUAUUAUCAGGACUGCAAUGGUGGAGACAAGAAGAAGCUGGAAGAGCUGCUGAUAAAGACCAAGAAAGAGAAGCCAACAUUUAUUCCCUACUUUAUUAGUGCCUGUAAAGAUCUACCUGGUAAAUUCCUCUUGGGAUAUCAGCCUCGAGGCAAACCAAGGAUAGAGUAUGUGACAGUGACACCAGAAGGAUUCCGCUACCGGGGCCAGGUCUUCCCUACCGUGAAUGGACUUUUCCGAUGGUUUAAGGAUCAUUAUCAGGAUCCUGUUCCAGGUAUUACCCCCAGCAGUAGCAGUCGGACCAGGACUCCAGCCUCCAUUAAUGCUACUCCAGCUAACAUUAACCUGGCAGAUCUGACACGUGCAGUGAAUGCUUUGCCACAGAACAUGACCUCCCAGAUGUUCAGUGCUAUUGCUGCUGUGACGGGCCAGGGACAGAACCCAAAUGCCACCCCAGCACAGUGGGCAUCCAGCCAGUAUGGCUACGGAGGCAGUGGAGGCGGCGGCAGCGCGUACCACGUCUUCACAACUCCAGCACAGCAGCCAGUGGCCACCCCUCUGAUGACCCCCAGUUACUCCUACACUACUCCCAGCCAGCCCAUUACAACACCCCAGUACCAGCUCCAGGCCAACACCACACCCCAGUCCACCCAGUCCCAGUCCCAGCCAUCAUCCAGCUCCAGGCAGAGGCAGCAGCCAAAGACCAACAGCCACGCUGCCAUCGACUGGGGGAAGAUGGCCGAGCAGUGGCUGCAGGAGAAGGAGGCUGAGCGGAGGAAACAGAAGCAGAGGUUGACUCCUCGCCCGUCUCCCAGCCCCAUGAUCGAGAGCACGCCCAUGUCCAUCGCUGGGGACGCCACGCCGCUCCUGGAUGAGAUGGAUCGAUAG